UUGUGGCGUUGUUUGUGUUUGUGUUUGUGGGCGCAACAGCACUGAAGCAGCAGUUCGCUGACUCAGCAGAAUUUCACUGCCACACACACACACACGCAACAGCAAAGCAGAGGCAGAGGCAGAGGAAGAGAUGGCUGGUUGUAGUGUGCUUGCGAUGCGGAGGGCGGUGGUCGGCCAUGCUGGCUGGCGGCGUGUGGGCCUGCUGGGCCAUGCGCGUGUUGUGACCUCGCGGGGCGUGAAGAUGGCAGCGAGCGACACAGAGCCGCCGAAGGAGAACGACGCUGAGGACGAGUCAGCAACAAAGGUGCCGACAAAAGGCGGCUCCACCGUUACUUCCAUCUCCAAAGGACUGGGCCGUCUCAUCUUCUCUUCCUCCACUGCAAAGGCCGAGAUGGAGGUGGUUGCCAACGGUCUUGGAUCGCUCGUGCACAUCUUCUUUCCCCAGCACAGCUACAUCAAAGUCCGCCCAGGCACUCUGAUUGCGCACUCUGGCGCCCUCAAGACGCACACAUCGUACCUGCAAAACCCGUUCAAGUCUGCCGCCCGCAAGCUUGGUGGCGGCCCCUUUGCGCUCGUCACUGUCGCGGCAUCUGGGGUGGAGGGCGACUGUCUCGUCUCGCCAGAGGGCCUUGGCGACGUUGCCAUUCUCGGCCUCGACGGGUCCAGGUCGUACUGCAUCAGCAACAAGAGCUUUCUUGCGUCAACGUCCAACCUCUCACUCGGGCUGAGCUUCGUCUCGGACAUCAACCCAGUGCUUGGACGCAUGUACAUGAAAGUGUCUGGCACUGGUGACCUCGCCAUCACUGCACGCGGCGGUCUCUUCAGACUCGUUCUCGAGCCCGGCGAGAAAUAUCUCGCAUCCGCAAAGCAUCUUGUUGCGUGGGAUUCAAGCAUGCAUCCAAAGUUCCAGGACACGACGGAGCCUGGCCAGCAGCGAUCUCUCUUCUCACGCAUGACUGCACCGCUUCGCUCACUCUUCCAAGGAAAGCGGACAAUGUGUGAACUGCACGGACCGGGCGAUUUUUAUCUGACGUCACGCCUCGACGCAUUCAGGCCAACACGGCGAUUUGGGCUGCCCUCUGUUUUUGGAUCGCGAAGUGACGAUGCAGGCAGUGAGCCACGCGUCAUCACUGUCACUCAGACGCCAAUGCCUGGCGACGUACACAAGUCAUCGGAGGUGACAAAGGUCAACUUCACCCCUGACCAGAGCCAGCAGAGGGAGAGCAACGCGGACACAGCUCAGACAGCAGAAAAGGAGGACAAACAGCAGCAGGAGAAGAAGCAUGCACAGGAGGAAGAGGUUGAGGGAGAGACAGACAAGCCCAAGAAGCCGUGGUACAAGUUCUGGUGAUGCGGCAACGCUGCUGCUGCUGCUGCUGUUACUUCUGUGAAUGCAAACUGGUUGAUUGUCAUGACUUUGUCUUGGCCAUCGUCGUGCGUUGAAAUGGCAGCGUGUGCGAUGGGGUGUGUGCGAUGGGGUGUGUAGUGCGUGCGAUGUGGGGGUUCUAGUUGACAUUUGUUGCGGACCAACACGUGUUGAGGUGAUGUGAAAUGAAUGAACUGGGGACAGUAAACCAACAAACAACAUGCA